CUCUUUAGUGGCUGUAGCAGUGUGUCUGGUCGGUGAUACGAGUGUAUGGCAGUCGGUUGAGAAGUCGACGCCGUUGUAUGCGUAUGACUGCGGGUUGAGAGAUAACACGAGUGAAUUUGCUGAAGCAAGGGUGGUUCUGUGUGGUCGCACUGAAAUUACUGAAGCCCAUGUGCUCUGCUUGUUAAAAUGCUCAUCAAAGAAUUCCGUGUCACUUUACCUCUUAAUGUGAAAGAGUAUCAAGUGGCUCAGCUGUAUUCUGUAGCAGAAGCUAGCAAAAAUAAUACUGGAGGAGGAGAGGGUAUACAAGUACUAAAAAAUGAGCCAUUCACAAAUUAUCCUUUGCUUGGUGGCAAAUAUUCUUCAGGUCAAUAUACAUACAAGAUUUAUCAUUUAGCUAGUAAAGUGCCUGCUUUUAUUCGCAUUAUGCUGCCAAAGAAUUCCUUGGAAAUUCAUGAGGAAGCUUGGAAUGCUUAUCCUUAUUGCAAAACGGUCAUUACCAAUCCUGGAUAUAUGAAAGAACACUUUGUAAUUAUGAUCGAAUCAUUUCACAUUGAUGAUGUUGGAAAUCAACAUAAUGUUCAUGAAUUACCUCCUGAUAAAUUAAAAAUAAGAGAAGUGAUACAUAUAGAUAUUGCAAAUGAUCCAAUUGCAAGUACUGAUUACAAAGAGGAUGAGGACCCAACCAAAUUUAAAUCUGUGAAAACAGGUCGGGGUCCUCUUAUAGGUAAAGAUUGGAAGAAUAAUGUCCAACCUGUAAUGACAUGCUAUAAGUUAGUCACUUGUGAAUUUAAAUGGUUUGGUCUACAAAGUCGCGUUGAAAACUUUAUACAAAAAGCAGAAAGGCGCCUUUUUACUAACUUCCAUAGGCAAGUCUUUUGUUGGAUAGAUCGUUGGUAUGGUUUAACUAUGGAAGAUAUUAGAGCAAUUGAGGAAAGCACAAAAGAAGAAUUAGAUAGACAAAGAGAUCAAGGAGAAGUAAGGGGUAUGCGAGCUGAUGAUUGAGGCUUUGAUAGCUUCUAUUACGAAUGGUUAAAUCAAUUUCCUUAUAUGUCUCAGAUACAUAUGCAUACCUAUAGAAAUACACUCACAUAUGUUUUGUCAUAGGCGAUCCUGCAGGAUCGGGACAAUUUCCAGAAUUUAAGUGUCUAGAUUCUGUGUCUACUACAAUUACUUAUGAUUUUAAUUUAUUUACAUUUACAAGCGUUUUAGAUAAAUGUAUCUACAGUCAAAGAUUAUAAUAUAGCCAAUAAUAAGAGAGAGAGAGAGAGAGCUGAUACACAGAUCAGUUCAACUUAUAUGAUGUAUAAAAUAUUCAAGAAAAGAGUACAGUUCGAUAAAAAUCAAUAUAGGUGGAAAAAAAAUGUAAUUGUUAUUUAACACCAUAGUAGUUCGAUAUUAAAAUUUAUAAAUAAGUCGUUCGGAAUGCUUGCUGCAUAACACAAAUAAGAACGUUUGACACAAAAAUUGUGAGUCCAAUGACAGUUCGCGAUUUGUGUUUUAGAUUCAUUAUGUUAUGGUUUGAAGUCAAGAGAAACAUCACUAUAUUUAUAUAACUACUGUUUUAAUAAGUUUACACAACAUGGCCUGAGGUUUUUCAAGCUCAAUUAUCUAGUAUCUAAUAAUCAGAAAAAUUAAACAAAACUAUUUUAGCAGUUCUAUAAAUGAAAAUUGAUUUUGUGAUAAUUCACUAACAUUCAAUAUUACAAUUAGGAAUAGAUAAAAUGACAAAUGAUUAGUAAAUUAUAAUAAUUGUGCUUUGCUUACGUUUCUUGCUUCUAAUUAAGAAAUUAAAAGAAAAUCUAUGCAUCAAAAUUAGGACCAACUUGAUAAACCUUAAUUAAAUCAAUUUUAAUUAUUGUACUAACAUAUAUUAUUUGUGAAAAAUAUGAAAAUAAUUAUAUAAAAAUAACUGAAUUAAUAUACAGAUAUACAUAUAUAUGAAAGAAGAAAAAACUAUGUCAAUGUGAAAGUCGGCAAACACUGAAAGAGUGCACUAUUGUAUAUAAAAAGAGGCAUACAAUGAAAUUCUGAUUGAAAUGUUA